GGGGCACCACUGGAAGAACCUUUAUGGGCUCCUGAUGACAUGCAGGUGGACGACUGACUUAUGAUAAUUAAGGUCAACAUGGAUUUGUGGUUCUUUCUACUUUUGCUUGGAAGUGGCCUGAUACACAUAGGUGCUAACAACAUUACAACAGGGCCACCCAUAACAGUGCCCACCUCCCCCAGGAGACCCACCAAAGCUCCUACAGCAGGUCCUGAGGAUGGGACUACAACGAGCGCGAACAGGCUCAACGUUAGCACUCCAGGGACUGUUUCUACCAUGGCGUCAAAGCCACCUACAACCACAGCCACCAGGCACUCCCCCAACACCACCACUGUCAGCCUCAACACCUCCUCCACGCUGGGGACAACUGUGCCUGUGCCUCCAGCCACCUCCCUGCUCCCCAGCGUGACACCGUCUGCUCCACGCACUGCUGUCUCCAGCACAGAAGCAGAGAUGAUGGAGAGGAAUUACAGUGCAACGGUGACGACACAAGAGACUUCUUCUGCUUCCCACAAUGGUAACUCUGAGGGAAGAGAUGAGACUCCAAUUAUAGCUGUGAUGGUGGCCCUGUCUUCCCUUCUAGUCAUAGUAUUUAUUAUUAUUGUGCUGUACAUGUUGAGGUUCAAGAAAUACAAGCAAGCAGGGAGUCACUCCAACUCCUUUCGGUUGUCCAAUGGGCGGACAGAUGAUGCAGAGCCGCAGAGCAUGCCGCUGCUUGCCCGCUCCCCCAGCACCAACCGCAAGUACCCCCCUCUGCCCGUGGACAAACUGGAGGAGGAGAUCAACCGACGUAUGGCAGAUGACAACAAGCUCUUUCGGGAGGAGUUCAACGCUCUCCCAGCGUGUCCCAUACAGGCCACGUGUGAAGCUGCUUCCAAGGAGGAGAAUAAAGAGAAGAACAGAUAUGUCAACAUUUUGCCCUAUGAUCAUUCCAGGGUUCACCUGACGCCUGUCGAAGGGGUUCCUGACUCCGACUACAUAAAUGCCUCCUUCAUUAAUGGGUACCAAGAGAAAAACAAGUUCAUUGCUGCACAAGGACCAAAGGAAGAAACAGUGAAUGAUUUUUGGAGGAUGAUUUGGGAGCAAAACACAGCAACAAUUGUCAUGGUGACCAACCUGAAAGAGAGGAAAGAGUGUAAGUGUGCUCAGUAUUGGCCGGAUCAGGGCUGCUGGACAUAUGGGAACAUCCGAGUGUCUGUGGAGGAUGUGACCGUCCUGGUGGAUUACACCGUGCGGAAGUUCUGCAUCCAACAGGUCGGUGACGUGACGAACAAGAAGCCUCAGCGCCUGGUGACUCAGUUCCACUUCACCAGCUGGCCUGACUUCGGGGUCCCCUUCACCCCCAUCGGGAUGCUGAAGUUCCUGAAGAAGGUGAAGACCUGUAACCCCCAAUAUGCAGGAGCCAUAGUCGUGCACUGCAGUGCUGGGGUGGGACGCACAGGCACUUUCAUUGUCAUCGAUGCCAUGCUGGACAUGAUGCAUGCGGAGAGGAAGGUGGAUGUUUACGGCUUCGUGAGCCGCAUCCGGGCUCAGCGCUGCCAGAUGGUACAGACAGAUAUGCAGUAUGUGUUUAUAUACCAAGCACUUCUGGAGCACUAUCUCUACGGUGACACAGAGCUGGAGGUGACCUCGUUAGAGAUCCACCUCCAGAAGAUCUACAACAAAGUGCCAGGGACCAGCAGCAAUGGGCUGGAAGAGGAGUUUAAGAAACUCACUUCAAUCAAAAUCCAGAACGACAAGAUGAGAACGGGCAACUUGCCAGCAAACAUGAAGAAGAACAGGGUGCUUCAGAUAAUUCCAUAUGAGUUCAACCGAGUAAUCAUUCCAGUGAAGAGAGGUGAAGAGAACACAGACUACGUAAACGCUUCCUUCAUUGACGGUUAUCGCCAGAAGGACUCCUACAUCGCCAGCCAAGGGCCUCUGCAGCACACGAUAGAGGACUUCUGGAGGAUGAUCUGGGAGUGGAAAUCCUGCUCCAUAGUGAUGCUAACGGAGCUGGAGGAGAGAGGCCAGGAGAAGUGUGCCCAGUACUGGCCGUCUGACGGCUCCGUGUCCUAUGGAGACAUCACAGUGGAGCUGAAAAAAGAGGAGGAAUGUGAGAGCUAUACGGUGCGGGACCUGCUGGUGACGAACACCAGGGAAAACAAGAGCCGACAGAUUCGGCAGUUUCAUUUCCACGGCUGGCCAGAAGUUGGGAUCCCUGGGGAUGGGAAGGGAAUGAUCAACAUCAUCGCGGCAGUGCAGAAGCAGCAGCAGCAGUCUGGCAACCACCCCAUCACUGUGCACUGCAGUGCUGGAGCUGGAAGAACAGGCACCUUCUGUGCACUGAGCACUGUCCUGGAGAGGGUGAAGGCAGAAGGGAUCCUCGAUGUCUUUCAGACAGUGAAGAGUUUAAGACUACAGAGGCCACAUAUGGUGCAGACACUGGAACAGUACGAAUUCUGCUACAAGGUGGUGCAGGAGUACAUCGACGCCUUCUCAGACUAUGCCAACUUCAAGUGAAGAAAAGCAGGAACAAAAAUCCACACC